AUGGUUGGAUUUCGAGAGGCUCGUAAGCAAUAUGCACAUACUGCAGGCCAUACAGUGGUGUCGUAUACCGCAGAUCAUAUUGUUACAGGAGGGUCCGAUGGUGUCAUUCAAAUACUAUCUAUUGCUCCAAACAAUGGACAGCCUCUUGACAAGGACCCUGUCUUCAUAUCUCGACACACUCGUCCCAUCACUACAAUCUCAGUGCAGGGAGAUGUCAUAGCUACUGGAUCUGAAGACAAGACAUCAUGUUCAUUCUCGCUAAGUAGUGGAGAGCACUUGAGCUUGAUUACACAAUGUCAUGAAGCUAUACGGUUUGUUGCUCUAUCAAAGGAUGGAAAGAAGUGUGCUGUCGCAUCAGAUGAGACUUCGAUCAAAUUGGUCAAUAUGCAAGACACUCUUGAUGCAACGGCUUUGGAGGGACAUACUAGUCCAGUGCGAUCACUCGCAUUUCAUCCCAAAGGGGAUUAUCUGGUGUCAGUUGCAAGAGAUGGAGCAGUGAAUGUUUGGGAUACUCGCCUUGAAGAGCCCACUUGUCUCAAGUCCUUUGCAGAUAUUGCUGGUCCUGGUGAUACGAUUUCUGGUCGACACUGUACGCCUGCUUGGCAUCCAACUGGGAGCAUUUUCGCUGUGCCUGGCAGAGAUGGAGACAUUGUCUUGAUUGAACGAGAUACAUGGGAGACAUUGUUUACACUACAGAAUGGUCAUUCAAAGGAGGUAACAUCGUUAGCAUGGUCACCGAAUGGACUAUACAUUCUUUCCGUGUCGCUCGACAAUAAGCUUGUUAUUUGGAAUGCGGACACUCGAGUAUCCAUCCUAUCAGAAACGCAUACCAACCGAGUUACAGGAAUCUCGUGGCACCCGACGCUCAAUUCAGUGGCUCUGACUGAUUCAUCUGGUGAACUGCUCGUCUGGGAAGAACCCAUUAUAUCCAAACACCCACAUCCCACACGACCAACACACACUAGUCUACCAAAAGCUGCACCUAGUAAAGAUGCUGCCACGACGGCUGAGAAAUCAACAACUAAAGCCAAGACUGUUGCGGAGAAGCCAAGGAAGAAAGUUGCAGCAAUUCCGGAUACAUAUGAUGAAAUUGGCGCUAUUGAUCUAGGUUCAGACGAAGGCGAUGACAAAUUCGUCGUCGAUGAUGAUGGUGCAGGUGUACCCAAUUGCACCAACAAUAGAGCCUCAACAACCUUUCCAGCCGGGUGCUUCACCAGCAAAGAAUGGACGUCGUUAUUUAGGCAAGAGGUCACCGCUGUUGCCGAUCAAACGGACAAUUUCAUUAAUGUACCUUCCUCCCCAGCUUUCAAUACUCGUGGAAUUGUUUAUACAGUCGAGCAAACGGUUCACUCGACGAUUUAUGUUGAAUUCCAUGACAAGGGUCAACGUUCCUUCAACUUUCAAGAUUAUUCCAAUUUUGCCAUGGCUUGUUUGGGUGAUCGAGGUGCCCUAUUUGCAGUAGAAGGAACCAGUAAUAUUCCCUCUAGGGUCGAAUAUCGCAGCUUUGAUUCAUGGGGAAUGAAUCCAGAUUGGCAUUUUGCAGCUACUGGACUGGAAAACAUCACAGCAAUUGCACUGACAGACCAUGGAGCUGCCGUGUCUACUGAUUCUCGAUAUCUUCGGUUCUUUUCACAUUCUGGUGUCCAGACCGGAAUAGAGUGUAUGAAAGGCCCAGUUGUCGCGAUGGCAGGAUUUGGUGAUUGGCUAUUUGUAGUUUACCAUGCAGGUCCUGCUUUUGGAGAGGAUCAGAGACUCGCAUACGAGUUGUAUGAUUUUUCACUAGGCAGAUCUGUUGAUGAAAAGUUGCUGUUCUUGUCGCCUGGUGCAGUGCUCGAAUGGAUUGGAUUUUCCGAGUCUGGAUUACCUGCCACAUAUGAUUCUGUCGGUAUCUUACGAAUGCUAGACAUUUCCGAUACUUUGAAAUGGAUGCCCUAUUUGGAUACUCGAGCUACUCGAGUGGGAAAUCAGGAAACUUACUGGGCCAUUGGCGUCACAGAUACAGAUUUUCUGUGUGCCAUUAUCAAGGGUGCAGAAAAACAUCCACAUUUCCCAAAACCUUUACUGCAUGAGAUUCCAUUACAAAUGCCUCUGUUUCAACUUGAUGGACCUAGUGGUCCUUUAGAAGAGAAAUAUUUGCGUGCCUCACUCUUUGCAAAACAUUACAAGAAUGACGCUGAACGUAAAGAAGAAUUGCCUAUGCGUGAAAAUGAUUUACAUAAACGCAAAGUUGAUAUGGAUAAGACUCUACUGCAACUCAUUCAACUCUCCUGUGCUGGUGAACGUAUGACACGAGCACUUGAUUUGUGCACAAUGCUUCAGCUACCCAGAUCUGUUGAUGGUGCUAUCAAAUUGGCAGUCCAUCAUCAUAUGCCCGCAUUAGCAGAGCGUAUGAACUUGAUCAAGGAGGCCAAAAUGAUUAAGCAAAAGGAGGAUGAAGAAGACAUGUCUGAGCGACGAGCACGAUCACUUCAAUACCAAAGUCUAAUUAUUCAGACUGAAUCAGAUUUUGCAAAAUCGCUAUCCAGACAGGAUGACUGGAAGCCACCAGUAAAGAGAACUGAUUCAAAUGGGCCACGGCUCGGAGGCAUGGUAGGACUUAGAGACGAACGAGCUGUCAGGAAACCUGGUGUCGACUAUGAGACUCGAGACAAUGCAUCAGACAAGGGAGAUUCAAGAAGUAGUCGAGAAGCUUCCUUUGAGCCUGAAAAGCCAAUAGAAAAACCAAAGCCUCGCAAUCCAUUCGCAUUGGCAGCUGGUACCUCGGCUCCUACAAAGCCAGUUCCUGUCUCUGCAAAUGCCUUGUUUGCCUCCAUCAAUCAAAUCGCAGCUCCGAAAUCCAAGGCGGAGAAGGACGAGGCUACUCAUGGUGCAAACAAGAAACGAAAGCCUGCUGCAGUCAAUCAGACAAAAUUAUUUGGUGCCGCACCAGCCAACAAGGAACAUGAUGGAGAUGAGGACUCCAAUGAGAAGAGACGGAAGGUUGCAAAGUCGAAUGCUGUCCCAACGAAGAAUACUUCUAUAACAUCAUUCUUACAACCUGAAGGAGCCAAACCAAAAGAGCCUGCUCCAAAGGCUAUUCCUCAAGACGAUGAUACCUCACUCGAUGAUGCCUUGAAAAUGUUAGAGGAGGACGAUAAAAUGUUAGAGGAGGACGAUGAUCAUGUAACCAAAGAUCUUGACGUAACAGAUGAAGAUCAUAUGCAGACGGACGAAACUGGAGAAGAGGAACAAGUUGCACCGGUAGAGAAGAGCAAAGCACCCGCAUCAUCAAAAUUGGCAGCCUUCAAGUUUGGUGGAAAAUGA